AUGGAUGCUGAAGCUAGCAGAACGAUGGAGGUCGCGACGCUCGGCCGGCCCUUCAGCCUUGGGAUGCUGUAUGACUGCCGCCAGGAUUUAGUCAUACCUGGAAUGACACUGUGGGACUGUAAUGACCUGGAAAAAGAUAGACGAGAACAAGAACAACCUAACACUGAAUCUGAAAUAGUUGCAUCUGAAUCAAUUGAGGACAAAUCUUCAGCAUUAAAUGCUGAGGCAUCCCUGAAGGCAAGUUUCUUGGGUGGACUGGUUGAGGUUGGAGGAUCAGCCAAAUAUCUCAAUGAUCACAAGACAUCCAAAUACCAGGCCAGAGUGACACUGAACUACAAAACUACAACAAGGUUCCAGGAACUGUCAAUGAAUCACCUUGGAAGAGGCAACGUAAAACAUCCCUAUGUGUUUGAGCAAGGAAUAGCAACACAUGUAGUCACAGGUAUCCUUUAUGGGGCUCAAGCUUUCUUUGUGUUUGACCGUGAGGUUUCUAAAGAGGAAACUCAUCAAGACAUCCAGGGCAGCUUGAAGGUGAUGAUCAAGAAGAUCCCCUUGCUUUCCAUAGAGGGUGAAGGGUCCCUGAAAAUGGAAGAUAAGGACAAAAAAAGUGUUGAGAAAUUCUCCUGCAGAUUCUAUGGAGACUUUUGCCUUCAGAAACCUCCAACAACAUUUCAGGAAGCUGUAGAAGUCUACAAAAGCCUUCCAACACUACUAGGAACCAAUGGCGAAAAGGCCGUACCAAUGAAGGUCUGGCUGUUACCUUUGACCAGUUUAGAUUCUUGUGCUGCGAAACUCGUCCGUCAGAUAAGUAUAAGAUUAGUUCAGGAAUCACAGAGCGUCCUGGAGGACUUCAUUGAACUGGAAACGAGGUGUAACGAUGCACUGAGAACUUCCACUGUCCAACAGUUCCCACAGAUUAGCAAAAAACUGAAAAGUUUUAAAGAAAUGUGUUCAGAGUUCAAGCUGGGAUUUCAGCGAAUGUUAGCGAAGAGACUACCAUCAAUCAGAGGAGGAGGAGAAGAGGAGGCUGAACUUGCUGAGAUCCUGAAGAAGAGACAUUCUUCACCUUUCAACAGCAAAAACCUGACUGAGUGGAUGGACUGUAAAGAGAGAGAAAUCAGUAUCUUAAAGUCUUUCACCAACAUGAUGAAAAACACCAAGACUGUCCCAUCUCAGAAUAAUCUACAUGAGGAACUUCUCAGUGCAGAGCAUGGCCUGUGUUUUGUUUUCACCUCACUGGGGAAGGAUGAACCGUACCUCUCAGCUUUAUCAGACUACCUGAAAGAAACAACCAAAACAGACGUUCACGUUUAUCAUACUUACAAUGUAGAGAAGGAACAAUGGUACCUUUCAAAAGAAGUAGCAGAUGAUAUGAGGAAGGAAGCAAAACUCUUCAGUGAUUUUGCAGAGGCCAACAAGGAGAACAAGAAGAUUAAGUUCCUGACAGUGGGGUUAACUAAUGAGACCCAGGAAGGUUCCAGCAUCUACCUUUAUGAAGGUGGAUUUGCUGUCAGUGAGAACUUUGAGCCUCCUUCAAAGCCUGAAACUGUGACUGUAGCUGACAUAAACCACAACAAUGUGACACUGAAGAUUUCUCCACCCAGAUUUGGAGCAGAGAACAUCACCUCCUACUCUGUUGAGUACUGUGUCAGUGGAGAGGAUGGAUGGCAGCAGAAGACAGAAGCAAAGGCUGAAGAAGUCACAGUGAGAGAUCUGAAGCCAAACACAGAGUAUGUGUUCAGAUGCAGAGCAGUGACCUCAGCAGGUGUCGGACCAGCUAAUGUAAUCAGUGAUGCCAUUAAAACUUUACCCUGCAGCCCUCCUGGAAAACCUCAAGCUCAGCCAUAUUCAAGUGAGAUAUCAGUUAGCUGGGAGAAGCCUGUUGAGCUUGGAGAGGAUGUGCAGAUAUUGAGUUACAUAGUGGAAUAUGCAAAAACAGAUAGCAGCUCGACAAUAAAUGACCUCGAGUGGACUGAAGCAAUUUCAGGAGGUGAGAAGGCCAUCAUUUCAGGGCUUCAGUCAGAGACACAAUAUGCAGUCAGGGUCAGAUGUGAUUGUGGUGUAGAUGGAAGAAGCAAGGAAAGCAUCAUUGUUAAUGUCUGCACAACAAAGCGUGAAUUUGCACGUCUGGCUGAGUACCUAAAACAUAUCAGCAAGAAAACAAACUCAAAGCUGCCCUCAGUUUACAAACUGCCCCUGGAAGAAGAAGAUAUGGACAUAGAUGGAUGUCGGAGGUAUAUCUUUGGCAAAGAAAGCAUGAGGCAGAAUCGUACAAUAAUGCUUCUUGGAGCAACAGGAUCAGGAAAGUCUACUCUCAUCAAUGGAAUGAUCAACUACAUUGUUGGUGUAGAGUGGAACGACAGUUUCAGAUUUAAGUUAGUUGAUGAGGAUCCAACCAGUUCACAAGCUCACAGUCAGACAUCUGAAGUCACUGUGUAUGAAAUCCACCACCAGGAAGGCUUUAAAAUCCCGUUCUCCGUGACCAUUGUGGACACUCCAGGUUUUGGAGAUACAAGAGGAGUAGCAAGAGACAAGGAGAUCACAGAGCAAAUCCGCAGGCUUUUCACCUCUCCUAAUGGAGUCAGUGAGAUUGAUGCAGUGUGUUUUGUUACUCAGGCCUCUCUUGCACGACUAACAGCAACACAGAGAUAUGUGUUUGACUCGGUGCUCUCCAUUUUUGGCAAAGAUGUGGCAGAGAACAUUGAAAUGCUGGUGACUUUUGCUGAUGGCAAAGAACCACCAGUUCUUGAGGCAAUAAGUGUUUCUGCAGUCCCGUGUCCAAAAAAUGAGUUAGGGCUUCCGGUUCACUUCAAGUUCAAUAACUCAGCAUUAUUUGCAGACAACAGAUGCAACAGAGACUGUGAAGUGGAUUUUGAUGAAGAUGAUGCCAGCUUUGAUGAAAUGUUUUGGAAGAUGGGAGCCAAGAGUAUGGAGAAGUUCUUCACUGCUUUGGGUAAAAUGGAAACCAAAAGCUUGCUGAUGACCAAAGAAGUCUUAAAGGAGCGCAAACAUCUUGAAACAGCCAUUGAAGGUUUGCAGCCACAAGUUAGAACUGGACUAGCAAAGCUUGAAGAAAUUAAGACAACCAAAGAAAAGAUCAAAGAGUAUGAAGCAGUCAUAACUUCAAAUGAAAACUUUGAGAUUGAGGUGGAUGUUAUUAAACCAGUCCAAAAACCAAUCACAGAGAAAGGAGCAUUCAUCACCAACUGCCAGAAAUGUUCAAUAACAUGUCACUACCCAUGUGCAAUAGCACAAGAUAGUGAGAAACGUGGCUGUGCAUCCAUGGAUAAGAACGGGAUGUGCACUGUCUGUCCUGGAAAAUGCAUUUGGAGUGUGCAUUUCAAUCAGACAUACAGCUGGGAGUAUGUUCAAGUGAAAGAGAAGCAGACAGUGCAAGAGCUGAAACGCAAGUAUGAAACAGCUAAUAAAGAAAAGAUGACUGUUCAGGAACUGAUUGAGAGGCAGGAAGAGGAGAUUGUUCACCUUCAGGACAUGAUGGUGUCCCUCAUAGAUCAGUCAGCUCAGUGUAUAACUCGACUGCAAGAGAUCAGCCUGAGGCCAAACCCUCUGACCACCCCAGAGUACAUUGACAUGAUGAUUGAGGGAGAGAGAUCAGAGGCCAAAGAGGGUUACCAGGCUCGAAUCAAAUCUUUGGAGGCAAUGAAGGAGAGGGCAAAUCUUAUCUCCAAGGUAACGCAACGAGACAAACUUUCAAAAACGGAGGAGGAAUUAUCCGAGGAAAGAAAGGAGAAGAAGGAAAAGAAAGGCUUCUUUAAGAAAGUUCUAAAUUUAUUUGGAUAUUCAGGUUAA